CUCUCCUCGAAUCAAACCUCCAAGAAUGGCGAUCUCAACGUCAUCCGACCCACUCAUGUAAGUUUCUCUCAAUUACUUCACGAACGCGAGAUAUUUAUUUAUUCCUUCUGAACUCCAUCCCACUCGAGAGAAGACGAUCGAAGCAGAGAUGGGUAGCACCCCUAACGAUUUCUCAGUCGUUAUUCUCCCUUCUGAUGGCGGCAUCGAUUCCCGCCCACUUUUGUCUGACAAAGAUAAAGAGCCUGAAGACGCUGAUCAUUGGCACGAUUGUUCUCAAAACCUUUCCUCCGAUGAGGAUUUCUCCGAUCUCGAUCUUUUGCAGUUUGUUCGUCUUGAGGGCUCCGACAAGGCUGGGAAUCGUAUCCUCCGUGUCGUUGGAAAGUACUUCCCUGCUGUUGUUGUAAGUGGAGAGCGGCUGAAGAGAUAUAUCUUCCAUAAAUUCCAGAACGAAUUGUCUGAGGGUCCAUUUUGCAUUGUGUACUUUCAUACUACUGCCCAGAAGGAUGAUAAUUGUCCAGGCCUUACUAUCUUGAGGUGGAUUUAUGAAGAACUUCCAUCUGAUUACAAGGAUAGACUUCAAUUUCUCUACUUUGUACAUCCUGGUCUCCGUUCGAGGCUUGUCUUGGCGACUUUUGGCCAUUUUUUCUCUUUUGGUAGAUUGUACUGGAAAAUCAAGUAUGUGAGCCGCCUUCAGUAUCUUUCGGAAGAUAUAAAAAAGGGAGAGGUUGAGAUUCCCGACUUUGUGAAAAGUCACGAUGAAGUUCUUGAACACAGACCACUGACAGAUUAUGGCAUUGAACCCGAUUCCCUCAAUGUCACGGAGGUACCUUAUUCUGCCAACUCCGUUUGGAGAUAUGAGGAGAGAUGGAUGUCAAGGCAGUACAUGACAUAGUAAGCUCGGUUAAAGAAGUUGUAUUUGAUCUUAGCCAGCUCCAAGGCUCCUGAGCAAUUAACACGAGCCAUGGCUAAACAAAAGUAUCUGUACAUUCGAAUUGUGCUUUGUUGUGCAGCUUGAUUGGUAACUUCUUUAGUGUUUCUUGUAAACUAAGGGGAAUGUUAUUUAUGAUAAGCUACCGAUGUUUGAUUUUAA